CAGGGACUCAUGCAGCCAAAAUCUGGGGUCAAUGGAACAGUUGUUACUGAAUUCAUCUUGCUGGGACUGGUGGAGACACCAGGGCUGCGGCCAGUUGUGUUUGUUCUCUUCCUCUUUGCCUACAUGGUCACAGUUGGGGGCAACCUCAGCAUCCUGGCAGCCAUCUUGGUGGAGCCCAAACUCCAUACCCCCAUGUACUUCUUCCUGGGACACCUAUCAGUGCUGGAUGUUGGAUGCAUCACCGUCACUAUUCCUUCAAUGUUAUGUCAUCUCUUGUCCCACAAGCAUACAGUUCCCUACGGAGCCUGCCUCUCACAGCUCUUCUUCUUCCAUCUCCUGGUUGGAGUGGACUGUUUUCUGUUGACAGCCAUGGCCUAUGACCGAUUCCUGGCCAUCUGCCGGCCCCUCACCUAUAGUACCCGCAUGAGCCAGGAAGUCCAGAGGAUACUGGUGGCCGUGUCCUGGGCUUGUGCUUUCACCAAUGCACUGACUCACACUGUGGCCAUUUCCACACUCAAUUUCUGUGACCCCAAUGUUAUCAAUCACUUCUACUGUGAUCUCCCACAGCUCUUCCAGCUCUCCUGCUCCAGCACCCAACUCAAUGAGCUGCUGCUUUUUGCCGUGGGUUUCAUAAUGGCAGGUAGCCCCAUGGCUCUUAUUUUUACCUCCUAUGUCCAUGUGGUGUUUGCAGUUCUACGAAUGCACUCAGUGGAGGGCAGGAAGAAGGCCUUCUCCACAUGUGGCUCCCACCUCACUGUGGUUGCCAUAUUCUAUGGUUCAGGCAUCUUUAACUACAUGCGGCUAGGUUCAGCCAAGCUUUCAGAUAAGGAUAAAGCUGUUGGAGUUUUUAAUACUGUAAUCAAUCCCAUGCUGAAUCCAAUCAUCUACAGCCUGAGGAACCCUGAUGUGCAGGGUGCCCUCAGGAGGAUGCUCUUGGGUAGGUGGCCACUGGUCUGA